AUGCGCGGACCGCGAGGUGGACUCAAUACAGAUUCGCACGAUGAUUAUGACUCUGACUUUGCUGACCAUCACAGUGAGCAGCUGCCGUACAGCAGUGGUCUGACGCAGAGUCAGAUCAACGUCGAGACGUCCAAUCAUUCGCCAUCGGUGACGGUGUCGAUCUUCAGUGCACUCGCGGACAUUCUCUCCCAGACAACAGAAAGUAUUGAAAUGUCGUCUAGCUCCACGGAAAAUCCUGCCACCACCACUUCAGCGGUUACUUCACCUACUUCUACCACCACAACAACGCCUAGCACGACAACCACCCAAAGCACAACCACCACAACCACAACAACCACUACGACCACAGUAUCUACGACUUCUGUGGCUAGUGAAACCACCACAGAACAGGUAGUGGACAUGACCAGUUCCGUUCCAAGUCUCCUUGUACAUAGCCGUGGGUUUGGCCAACACACUGAGGAUGAAAAUGAAGUGUCGAGUGAUGUGUACACAACGCAAACUCCCACAAUUAUUGCCGUCACAGAACCCAUUCCAACCACGACCGUUCCCGUGGAGGACGAAGUCCUCAGUACACUCCCUCCAGGCACAACACUCCAUCCCACAACCCAGAGCACAGACACCCCCGCUGAAACUAACACAUACUCACUAAUUCAAACUAGUAUUACUACCACUACCACAAUGACACCAGCGGAAACACAGAGCGCGGGAACAGAAGUCGAUGGCGAGCAAACUGAGACCACGGUUGAUGAUACCACUUUGAUCACUCAAGCUUACAGCAGUACAGAGCCCAGCAGCAUUCCCUCUCGCUUCGGCGACUACCAACUACCUCCCCUGCCACUCGGCAGCAUCCUCACCACCAGGAGCAUGCCACCGACGACGCCACCAACACUGACCACAACUGCCCAGACGACAAGCGCCAAGCCAGCUGCAGUUCACGCCCCACGACGUCGCGACUACGUCGUAUUCGGCAUCCUGCCUAACAACACAGUGGUGGCGCGGUAUCCAGAGGAGGAAGUGGUGCGAGAGCAGCAAAGCAGCGACUCUCUGGUGGUGUAUGGCAUUUACCCGAACAACACGGUGGUGCGAAAGUAUCCCAACGGCACGAUCGUUCCGGAGGGCACUAAAAAUCAAGUACUAAUUACUGAUAUUGACCCGAAGAGUCUCACAGAUCCCAAUAGCGAUUUCCAUCGGCUCCUUAGUGAUUCCCAGAGUGCCACCACGAAUUCACCGCAAAUCUUCCAUCUGCUGAAGAGACUGAACCAAUCUGAAGAGGCGCACGCCAAGGGUGACCACAUCAUCAGUCUCGUGCCCGGCAGGACAGGGCAAAUGGACACAACGUCCUCGAGUGGAUUCUCCACUACGGCAGCGCCAACAACGAGAUUUGUCAGUCCGGAGACGCAAACGCCAAACAAAUAUCUCACAUUGGACAUCGAUCCAGUGACAAAUCAAGUGCGAACAGGAGCUGAUACAAAGUUGGAUGGAACCAUUUACAAUUGGAAGCCCGUGACGACGACAAAUUUGCCGCAAGAGACUAAAGUCACGGCUGAGAUGAAUACCGAAGUAUCAACAGGAGGAAAUACAGUUGUGCAAUCCUUGACGACGAUAAAGUCUCGUUUUGGCAACACUGUCACUGAAGCUCCUAAAGAUCGGGACAAUUUGAUUUUCGACGAGGAAACAACAUUGCUGACGACAGUGGGACGAACAGUGACGCCUAAACCAAGCACAACGACGCAGCGAACAACGACGAAGAAGGAGACAACGAGACGAAAAACAACGACGACCAGACCAACUCUGAGUGAAGAAGAAGAGCGAAGAACUCUUGAGAAGAAUCUGGGAUACUUACAGGAGCUCCUAGGAUUGGUAACUCCACAGCCAGGAACGAAGAAGCCAACCAUAGUCACGCCGAGUAAGACGACAACCACUACAACGACUCCAACAACUACAACGCCUCUGACUACGACUACAACUUCAACCACAACUACAACAACCACGACCACUACUCCGAAGCCCACCACAACUUCAACUACGACAACCACAACGACCGAAUCGACAACAACUAAGGCUAGAAGUACGACUAAACAACCAACUAGAACAACAACAGUACAUUCUGACUUUGAAGAUCUGGCCUUUCUAAAUAGGCUGCGACAGAUCUUUCAAGUAGUCACAACGACACCGCGUCAGAAGGCGAAGAAGACAACUAGUAAAACAACAACAACCACCACCACAACGACAACAGAGGAACCAACAACAUCGAAAACGCACAAUUUGGAGCUUUUACUGAACCUCAACGAGGUUACUGCCAGCACAAGCGCUCCUUCUAGGAUACCAACAGUUCACACAGACGAAGAGGACAUUGAAUUCCUAAACAGUUUGCGAAACUACGCCAACAUAAUUAGUACGCCAGGACCUGGAAAAGGAUCAACUUUGGCACACAGAAUUGUAGAAUUAGCAGUGAAUCGAACGGGCAAAGCGGCAAGUUCAUAUCCUCGAGAUUCCAUUGCGACAACGCCAAUCGUGCCGACGAAGGCAACCUCGGCCAAGAGCACGACUAAGGCGAGUGCGGACACCGUUCAGGAGGACUUGCAGUCAGUGUCAAAGGACUUGGACUUGCUGUCUCAACUGCUCGGUCGUCCUGUUUCCCUGUCAGACUUGCCGACGCUCACGAAGGAGUUUCCUUCGUCAACCCGAGCCGCCGUUGCCACGAUGACGUCCUUGCGGAGCACAACCGACACUUCGGGCAACAUAGAUGUUCGGCCGACGGACUAUGGCAAGACUGAUGACGCCAUCCUGGCAGCUGUGCUCAAGCAGAGAGGCAUCGGGCCGUCGCACAACAGUGUUCCCGUCGAGGAGCUCUUCGUGCCGCCACGCACGACGUCGCGACCCAGGUUGCUGCCGCCGCCCACGGCCAGACGGCCCAUCCUCGACGGCCUCACGUGGCUGUGGCGCACGUGGCAGGACACGGCGCCGCGGUCCAACAGACAACAGCCGGCGCCAAGUCGGCCGGUUCUUCAAAUUUCCGGUUUCCAAGCCUAUCAGACGCAGGAUAACGAUAGUCCCGAUAAUGGCGGCAUCGAUCAAGAUGCGAUUCCGAGACCUUUGGAUGCAAACUAUGACUCGAACGCCGGUCCAGGAUUUGGCGUGGGUGGACAAUUAUUGAAUGCAGCAAUUGGCGUGACUCAGGCCGUGACGCAAUUUCUGGGAGUCGCGUUUCAGGGUGCAACGAGAUCGUUCCAGAACGCCUUCAGCAGCAAUCCAACUGACGAUCGUUAUUACCGAUUAAGUGGAAGAUGA